AUGCUUGUAGUCUCGAGUGAUAUGUCAGCUGAUGGGGUAUUCUGUGGAUCAAUUGUGGGGACUUCUGAGGCAGGAUUUGGAAUGAUAACAGGAUUAGAGCAAGGAAUAUCAGAUGCAGAUUUUGGUAAAACAAUAUAUGAAAGGAAAAAGAAGAAAAAUAUUGAUAUUGAGUUUGACAUCGUUGAUGGGAAUGAUUUUGCUGGGCCUGAGCUCGAUUCUGUAUUAUUGGAAAAAGAAAAAGAGUUACAAAAAGAGAACAAGAGGAAAGCAUUGUUCUUUUGGUACAUGUACCGUUCUGCAAUAUGGCUUUCCAGAAUAAACUUAGAUUUCAGAAUUAAUAUCUAUUCUCCAAGCAUAAGACAACUGGAUAAGGCAUGGAUACUUUACAAGGAUGGAAGGUCAUUGGAACUAAUCCACCAUUAUCUAGGUGACUCGGCUAAUCCAUUUGAGGUUCUACGAUUAAUCCAUAUGGGUGUUUUAUGCGUUCGACAAUGUCCAGAUGAUAGACCAAGCAUGGCUACCGUGGUUGCAAUGUUGGACAAUGAAAUUGCAUUGCCUCUGCCAAAUCAGCAGGGUUUUUUUCGCAGAAAGAGAUGCAUUUGUAGCUGA